CCCAGAACGUGACUGUGGAUGAGAUCCUGGCUGCCUACAGGCAGGCCUGCCACAAGCUCAGCUGCCGCCAGAUUCCCAAACUCCUCAGGCAAAUCCAGGAAUUCAAGGAUCUGGCUCCCAGGAUCGACUGCUUGGAUCUCAAAGGGGAAAAGCUGGAUUACAAAGCCUGUGAGGCCCUCGAGGAGGUUUUCAAGCGGCUCCAGUUCAAACUGGUGGAUCUGGAACAAACCAGUCUGGACGAGGACGGAGCGUCGGCGCUCUUCGACAUGAUCGAGUACUACGAGUCGGCCACGCACCUCAACAUCUCCCUCAACAAGCACAUCGGCACCCGUGGCUGGCAGGCGGCUGCUCACAUGAUGAGGAAGGCCAGCUGCCUGCAGUGCCUGGAGGCCCGGAACACGCCGCUGCCCGACGCCGCCGCCCCCUUCGUGGCUCGGGCCCUGCGGAUCAGCAGCAGCCUCACCGUCCUCCACCUGGAGAACGCCGCGCUCUCCGGCAGGCCCCUCAUGCUCCUGGGCACGGCUCUGAAGAUGAACAUGACCCUGCGGGAGCUCUACCUGGCCGACAACAAACUCAACGGGCUGCAGGACUCGGCCCAGCUCGGGAACCUCCUCAAGUUCAACUGCUCCAUCCACAUCCUCGACCUCCGCAACAACCACGUCCUCGACUCCGGCCUGGCCUACAUCUGUGAGGGGCUGAAGGAGCAGAGGAAGGGGCUGCUCACCCUGGUGCUGUGGAACAACCAACUCACCCACACCGGGAUGGCUUAUCUGGGAAUGACCCUGAGCCUGGAGACGCUGAACCUGGGCCACAAUCCCAUCGGGAACGAGGGCGUCCGGAACCUGAAGAACGGGCUCAUCGGGAACCGCUCCGUGCUCCGCCUCGGCCUCGCCUCCACCAAACUCACCUGCGAAGGGGCGGUGGCGGUGGCCGAGUUCAUCGCCGAGAGCCCGCGGCUGCUGCGCCUGGACCUGCGGGAGAACGAGAUCAAGACGGGCGGGCUCAUGGCCCUGUCCCUCGCCCUCAAGGUCAACCACUCCCUGCUGCGCCUCGACCUCGACCGCGAGCCCAAGAAGGAGUCGGUGAAGAGCUUCAUCGAGACCCAGAAGGCCCUUCUGGCCGAGAUCCAGAACGGCUGCAAGCGGAACUUCAUCCUGGCCAAGGAGAAGGAGGAGCAGGAGCAGCAGCUGCAGCACUCGGCCUCCAUGCCCGAGAUCACCGUCACCGAGCCCCCGCAGGACGAUCCCGACGCCGAUCCAACCGCGGAAAACCGGGAUGGCGGCGCCCGGGAGGACGCGGGGGACGUUUCGGACUCCAGCUCGGACACGGACGAGGACCCCGAUCCCGAGGACUCGCGGGAAGGACCCCCCCCUCCGUGCCCGGAGCGGCCGCCGGAUCGGCCCUUCCCGACGCCCCUUCCCCGGGAAGCUCCGGCCGCUCCCGACUCCUCCUCGCCGGGUCACCAGAGGAGGAUCUCGGUGUCCAGCCCCGGCAGAGGCCACAAGGUUUUCGUGGUGACGCGCGUGGAGCCCGUUCCGGAGGCGGGAGGAGACGCCGGGAGCCGCGUCCCGGCCCCUCCGGAGAACGGGGCCGUUCCCGAGGGCUCCGAGGGCUCCGAGCCGGGAUCGUCCUGCGGGAGCCCGGCCCGGGACACUCCUCUGCUCAACGGGCUCAAGACGGAUUUCGCGCGGGCGCUGCCGGAGGUGGCCUCGGAAAACGACGGGAAAAUCGGGAGCUGCGGCGCCGAGCACGAGCUGAGCUGCUCCAAGGACGAGCAGGAGCUGGAGGAGCUGCUCCUGGAAGCCAGUCGGGAUUCGGGGCAGGAGCUGCUCUGAGCGCAGGUGAGCGGG